UUAAAGCAGCGUUGAAGACUGGAACAUUGUGUAAAGAAUUUUACCUCGAUUAUUUCAGUAGUUUCCAUUCUUAGAUUGAACAUUUGUGGGGGAAAAAAUGGGUAUAGCUACAAUCUAUGUUCUCUGCAGCUUUGUAGUGGGUAUUGCUCAGAGUGAGUUGACUUUGAAGACGGACAAGCCCUUUUUAAGUGUGCCGCUCUCUCACAAGGCUGAACUGGAGUGCUGCUACACCACCAGUUCGGAUUCAGUGAGCUUCUCUUGGGUCAAAAUUUUUCAAGAUGUAAACAAAACCUUUGGUACAGCAGCUGUGAAUCUUUCAGACCAAGUGACUGCAUCAAAAUCUGACGCACAGUGUGGCAUCCUAACCUUCAGCUCAGUCCAGCUGAAUGACUCUGGGCUCUACUGUUGUAAACUGAACGACAGUGAAAUCGAACUCAUCUCUCAUGGCACCUACCUACAGGUCUACAAGCCACUGGAUAAGACACUAAACCUCAGUGAAAGCACCAAAAACAAGAUCCUGACAGCUGAGGGAAUCCUACUGCUGCUGUGUGUGAUAUUGCCCUCUGCCACCCUUCUCUGCAAGUCAAAGAAAAUACACGAACUAGAGAAAAAGAAAAUGAAGAUGGAAGAGGAAAACAUAUAUCAGGGGCUGAAUCUGGACGAUUGUUGCACCACAUAUGAUCAAAUCGAACGGUCCCAGGUACAUGGGCCGUACCAGGAUGUUUGCAACAUUAUGGAGGAAGAAGAGGAGAUCCAGCUGGAGAAACCUUGAAGGAAAGGAGAGAGAGAGAGAAAGGGAGUGAGGAAAGAGAGACUGCUGAGUCUUUUUUGAGAGCUUAAGUUUAAGUGUGUGGUAUCUGAAUACCAGGCUCAUUCUUUAUCACACACAUUGAGGUUGAAAAUUUUUUUUUUCUUACAUAGCUUGCAGUUAAACUUUUAGCAUCUGACAACAUAUUAUUUAAUCAGCUUCAUUCAUCUGAAAGUGAAAGUUAAUUUUUAGACCUUGGAAACAACAUUUGACCAAACAGUCUCAACACAAAGUCCACACAGUCAGGGGCGUAGUCAGGAUUUUAGAAAUACCGAGGUUGUAAGUCCAAGAAGCCCCUCCAAUCCAGAUCAUUUUGAAGAGACUGAAGAGAAUACAAGUUAUGUAAAAUUUUAAUUUUUUGCUGUGUUUGAUACAUGUAGCCAUUUUUAUGCUUUUAAAAACAGUUGUGUGUGUUGUCUACUCCAACGUGUCUUAUUUUUUGGCAUAAAAUCGUCAAAUUUAAGGAGACUGAGUGUAAAAAAUUUCCAUACCUCUUUUAAAAACCCUUUAUGUGUAACCUUGAGGAUAAAACGUAACCUACCCUUUAGCUCCCCGAAAUUGGACAAAUACAAUUUCAUGACAACUGGGUAUCUACUGAUGAAGACAGAAUGAUGUGAUCGAAAGCUCUGGAACAGAUUCUGAGUGGACCUUUUCAUAAGAUUGUUUUGUUAACAGCUUCUUUGAUGUUCAUUAAAAAGAGUUAUAUAAUGUAGCCUAUAUCUUGUAUUUUACUGAAUGACUUCAUGAUGUUUCACAAUUUAUUUGCUUUCUAACAUUCCUGUAAUUGC